AUGAAAAUAGGCUAUAGAGAAUUAAUUCCUGCUUCAGCUGCAGUUGUUAUUGCCUAUUUUGCAUUGAAAUAUGCAGCUCGUAAAAUAAGAGCAAGAAAAGCACGACAAAGAGGAGCUGCAAAGCUAAAGGAAAGAAAUUCCAAAUGGCUUGAGCUGAAUGUUGACCCUGAGCUAAAAGAAAAAAUACUUUCAAUGAAAGCUUAUCAAAUUGUAGAAGCAAUCAACUCAGGCUCACUCACAGUUCAACAAGUUCUCAAUACUUAUAUUAUGAGAGCUCAAGAAUUAGGAAGAAAAUACUCAAUCACUGCUGAAGAAAUGUUCACUGAUGCCAUUAAUAGACUUGAAGACCUCCCAGGAGGCAUCUUGUAUGGCCUUCCAAUAUCCAUAAAAGAUAGCUUUUCCCAAAAAGGCUGUGUCACCUCUGCAGGCCUUGUCAGGAGACUUGGAAAAGUUGAUACUUCUGAUCAUCCUUUGGUUUCUCAGAUAAGGGAAUCAGGUGGGCUUCCAUUUGUCAGAGGAAACCCACUGCAAAUUAUGAUGUGGUUUGAAACAGAAAACAAUAUUUAUGGAGUUGCCAAAAACCCUUGGGAUCCAAGUAGGACUGUAGGAGGAAGCUCAGGCGGUGACGCUGGAAUUGUUGCUGCAAGAUGUGCUGCCUUAGCUAUUGGAAGUGAUAUAGGAGGCUCUAUAAGGAUUCCUUCAGCUUUUUGUGGAGUUUAUGGGAUUAGAACAACAUCAAGGAGAACUAAUGGAAAAGAAGGAGCCCAGACCCACCCAAAUAAAAUUGAUCACUUUAAGCUACUUAUAAAGUCUACAAGAGGACCUAUGGGCAGGUGUGUGGAAGACUUAACGCUAGUUCUUAAGGCGUGGUGGAACGAACAGCUGUGGAAAAAAGACUGCUAUUUGUUCCCUAUGAAAUUCGACCAAGAGCUAUAUGAAAAUACACAGAAGAAAAAGCUAAGGAUAGGGUACUUUGAUUAUAAUGGAGUUUUCGAAUGUGCAGAGGUAAUAAAAGACAUUAUCAGGGAAACCAAACAAAAAUUGGAAGCAGAAGGGCAUGAAUUGGUUGAGUUUGACGCUGGAAAUCUGUUUUCAGAAGGAACAGAUAUCUAUGCAAGAAUAGCCUAUGCAGGAGACCCUAAAUACUUAUCUGAAGAACUAGAAGGAGAAGAGCCAGCUUGGGUUUACAAGGUUUUGGAUCUCCAAGCAAGAUUCCCAUUCAUGAAAACACUGGUUCCUCUGUAUCUGAGACUACUUGGCCAUAAGCAGCUAGCAAGACUUGUAGGUCUGCCUCGUGACAUUUCACUCGACGAAUUUUGCAAGCUUUUCAAUGAUUCUGCAGUUUUCAAAAACAAGUUCCACGACUAUUGGAAUUCCUUGCAAAUCGAUGCAUUAAUUUGUCCAAUUUGGCCACUUGUGGCUCCUCAGCACACCAAGACAAAAACUUUAGCAGCGGCAUUUUCCUAUUCAUUUGUGUGGAAUCUGUUGGAUUAUCCGUGUGGGGUAGUUCCUGUUAGGACUGUUAGAGCAGGAGAAGACAAAUAUGAAAGCACAAGUAGAGACAAAGCAGUUAAGUCUUGCAAAGAAAUUAUGGAAGGCAGUGUAGGGCUUCCAGUCUGUUUGCAGGUUGUUGGCUAUCCAAGUAGGGAUGAAGAAGUUUUAGGAGUUAUGAAAGUCAUUGAAGGUUUUUAUAAGUUCGAUGAGCAUCCUAUUUAA